UGCUCUCUCACCACCUCUCAUCCUACAAAUGCAGAUUUGUGGUAUAAUCAGGGCUCCUCCCAGACUCGCAGCAUUAUUGUAGCCCAGUGUGCAGCUUCAGUUACUGGCUCCGGAGUUGGCUUUACUUGUGUGAUCUCUGCUCUAGUAUCAAGAUGCCUAACUGGGGUGGUGGAAAUAAAUGUGGAGCCUGCGGCAGAACAGUGUACCAUGCUGAGGAGGUGGUGUGUGAUGGGAGAAGUUACCAUAAAUGCUGCUUCCUGUGUAUGGUCUGCAGAAAAAAUCUGGAUAGCACAACCAUGGCUAUUCAUGAUGAUGAAAUUUACUGCCGAUCAUGUUAUGGCAAAAAGUACGGACCAAAAGGGUAUGGGUAUGGCCAAGGAGCUGGCACGCUCAAUAUGGAUAGGGGUGAAAGACUUGGCAUUAAGCCAGAAACACAGACAUCACGGCCCAGUACAAAUGUAAACCCUUCAAAGUUUGCUCAGAAAUUUGGAGGAGCUGAAAAGUGUCCUAGAUGUGGAGAAUCUGUAUAUGCUGCAGAAAAAAUAAUGGGUGCAGGAAAGCCAUGGCAUAAGAAUUGUUUCAGAUGUGCGAAAUGUGGAAAAAGUCUAGAAUCAACAACUUUAACUGAAAAAGAAGGAGAAAUAUAUUGCAAAGCUUGUUAUGCGAAGAAUUUUGGACCCAAAGGAUUUGGCUAUGGCCAAGGAGCAGGUGCACUUGUUCAUGCACAAUGAGAAAAACCCAGAGUAUUCUUUACUCUUCUACCUUUUGUGUAACUAGACAAAGUGAUCUUCUGUACUAAUCACUGUGAAACCUGCACUAGCAUUUCUAUACAGUAGAAUAUCCAUGGAUUACUCUAUGCUUGUUAUGUGUCCAGUUGUCUGAUAUAUAUUUGCAGACAACCUCUUUGUAUUACUUACUAUUUGUGAAUAAAAAAAAAUCAGUUGUGUCCCAGUAAAA